AUGUCCAAUAUCACCAAACGGGCUUCCGUUGCCAUAGUCGAUGUCGCGCAUAAGGUUGAUCCCCUUACAGUAACGCAAGGCAACCCUCUGGGGCUUGCGAUCAACGAAAUCCGAGGCGUUUCCUCGGCUGGCUACUCUGCACCAGGCCAGUUUGAUGCCCGCCGCUACUCUUGCGAAACGUCCGAAAUCCCCGCUAUAUCCGCUCCAGAGCUUGCCCGAACCUCCCAAGCCUUCUCGGACGAUUCUACGGUUCGCCCAGGCAUGAGUGAGAAAGAGGAUGACUAUUUGAUCCAGAGACUCGCAAUGCACGACGACAUCGAGCGACUCUCAACCCUCAAACGCAUCCUUUACAGGCUGUGCCCACUCUUGGUCAUCAUUACAAUUGGUGCCAACUGGUUGUAUUUCGUUCUCCGCGUCAAGUUCACCGUAGCUGCCGAGAAUGCCGCACAUGAUGUAUUCUGGAUGGCGUGGGCUUUCAUUAUCGUCGAGCUCUUGGUUUCCCUUCCGGUGUUGCUGCAGAGUCUCUGGGGAUGGCAUAUCAUUGGGUUGAGAAAGAGGCCAAAGCUUCGCUUGGUCGGAGACAAUGUUCCUUCGGUCGACGUGGUCAUCACCUGCUGUCGGGAAGAAGAUGAUCUGAUCCUCGAUACCGCCAAAGCAGCCUGCAACAUCGACUACCCCAGCGAACGGUUUCGCGUCAUGGUCUGCGACGACGGGAAGUCUGAAUCAUUGCGGAAUUUGGUGGAGAAGCUUGCCUUGACUCAGUAUCCGAACCUCUACUACCGCUCAAGACCGAAAUACCCUGGCGUCCCACAUCACUUCAAGGCCGGCAAUUUGAAUGAUGCUAUCGAAGAGACCAAGAAACUACCGGGAGGGGCGGCCAACUUUCUUGCGGCUCUUGAUGCUGACAUGAUCCCCAUGAAAGACUGGCUCCGGGCACUCCUGCCUCACAUGCUUCAGGAUCCAAAGUGCUCAAUGGCCUGUCCACCACAGUUGUUCUACAAUGUGCCAAGGGAUGAUCCUCUCUGCCAGAGCUUGGAUACCUUUGUCCAUAUCGCGGAACCGAUCAAGGACUCUCUCGGUGUGGCCUGGUGCACUGGAUCAGGCUAUGUUCUGAGACGUUCUGCCCUCGCCUCGAUUGGAGGAUUUCCUACUGGAUCUCUUGCUGAGGAUGUCUGCUGUUCAAGCAUGCUUCUUGGCUCAGGCUGGAAUACCGCCUUUGUCCACGAGCCCCUGCAAUUUGGAACUGUGCCUGAUUCUCUGGUGAGCCACUUGAAGCAACGCACAAGAUGGACCAUCGGCACUGUCCAAACCGCCCUGAAACUGAGAUUCAGCUUAUGUGGUCCGCUGGUGAAGCAAAUGACCAUCGCCCAGCGACUGUGCGGGUUUGUCUACACAAUCUCCUCACUGUUCACCGUCUUCCUCGUGGCGUCGAUGUUCACUGCACCUCUUGUGCUCGCUUCCGGCGGCAAGCUUGUCCCAUACGCAGACAACAAUCAGUUGCGAUGGCUCAUUCGCUCUGCAUUCCUCAGCAUGCUCUUGAAUCGUGUGAAUGAGAUGAUCUCCUUCUUGCCCUCGGGGUAUCGCACUGGCCAGAGAGAUACCAGGGCUCUGUUGUGGAUGUCACCAUUCCACGCCAUCUCGGUCAUCCGCACCUUCGUCCUUCCCAAGUGGUUGGGAGGCAAAGUCGCCGUCUUCACGUCGUCCGGUUCACAAAAGGAUGAACUCAACGAACGGGACGCCCGCCUCCGGGCGCCCUUGUGGCGACGUCUCAAAGUCACCAUCUGGGACUGUCAAUGCUACCUCCACGUCGUCUACAUCGUGUUCAUCCUCGCCGCAGUCGGCAUCAGUCUGCACGCCAACAUCACCAACCCGCAAAACGACACGAAGACCAAAAUUCUCAUCGACGUGCUGACCCACGCGGGGUGGCCUCCCAUCAUCUGGAUGACCUGCGGCCUGGCCUGCUGGGCGCCCAUCAACUACGCCCUCUUCCCGCCCUCAGUCCCCGACAGGGAGGAGCUGCUCGACAGGGACCCCGUCACCGGCGUCGCCUACCCCAAGGAAUCGUCCAAGAAGACCCAGACCUCGUGGGUCGCCUGGAUCUUUGAGGCCCAGUACACCUUCCUCAGCGUCUACAUGACCGCCGCGUGUGUCCUGUCUUUCUGGUUCUAA